CUGACGGCGGAGGCUUUGGGGAUGACAGACGCCUCGGGGAGCCCACGGACCGACGGGCAGCGAAGGGGACACGCCGUGACCGUUAGUGACCUCGGAGCCGCCGCAGCGCUCAACCGGGACGGGACCACGGCUACCGGAGCGAUGGCCGGCGUUUUCGGGAAGAUCUUCGUGGGUAUUUACGUGGAGAUAAAGCGGAGCGACGGACGGAUCCACCAGGCCAUGGUCACCUCGCUGCACGAAGACAACGACAGUGUGACGGUGGAGUGGAUCGAGAACGGCGACACCAAAGGGAAGGAGAUCGACCUGGAGAGCAUCUUCGCCUUGAAUCCAGAUGUUGCUCCAGAUGAAGAAAUACCACAGAGUCCUGAGGCUCCUCUUCCUCCAUCCGGAGUCCCCAAAACAAGCAAAGUCCCAAAGGCCCGACGGGGGACAGCGAUACCCAAACCGGAAAACGCUGUACGGGAGAACAGAGCCGCGUCGGUGGGAACCACCCGGGCCCGCCCCAGCCAGCACAGCCAGGCCUCAGAGCCGCCCCCCCCCUCCAUCGCCCCGCAGUCCGCCGCCAACCAGACGCUGGCCCAGCAGCAGAACGCUCGGAGGAAAUCCAACUGUGUGAAGGAGGUGGAAAAACUGCAGGAGAAACGAGAGAAGAGACGCCUACAGCAGCAGGAGCUCAGAGAGAAAAGGGCUCAGGAGGUGGACGUUAACUUACCAAACUAUGAGAUUAUGUGUAUGAUCAGAGACUUCAGAGCCAGUCUGGACUACAGACCUUUGACCUCAAACGAUCUGAUCGAGGAGCACCGGAUAUGUGUGUGCGUCCGUGCACGUCCCCUCAAUAAAAAAGAGCAAUCUCUGAAGGACCUGGACGUGAUCACUAUUCCCAGCAAGGACGUGGUGAUGGUCCACGAGCCCAAGCAGAAGGUGGACCUGACCCGCUACCUGGAGAACCAGACCUUCCGCUUCGACUACGCUUUCGACGAGAACUCCACCAACGAGAUGGUCUACAGGUUCACGGCUCAGCCACUGGUGGAAACCAUCUUCGAGCGCGGGAUGGCCACCUGCUUCGCGUACGGACAGACGGGCAGCGGGAAAACACACACGAUGGGAGGCGACUUCUCAGGAAAGAACCAGGACUGCUCCAAAGGGAUCUAUGCACUGUCCGCCAGAGACGUUUUCCUCAUGCUGAAAAAGCCGGUUUAUAAGAAGAUGGAUCUGCAAGUUUUUGCCACAUUUUUUGAGAUUUACAGCGGAAAGGUGUUUGACCUGCUAAACCGCAAAGCCAAGUUGCGGGUCCUAGAGGACGGGAAGCAGCAGGUGCAGGUGGUGGGGCUGCAGGAGAGGGAUGUGAAGUGCACGGAGGACGUCCUGAAGCUCAUCGAGAUGGGAAACAGCUGCAGGACGUCGGGACAGACGUCGGCCAACGCGCACUCGUCCCGGAGCCACGCCGUGUUCCAGAUCAUCCUGCGCCGGCGGGGGAAGAUGCACGGGAAGUUCUCCCUCAUCGACCUGGCGGGGAACGAGAGGGGCGCCGACACCUCCAGCGCCGACCGGCAGACCCGACUGGAGGGAGCCGAGAUCAACAAAAGCCUGCUGGCGCUCAAGGAGUGCAUCCGGGCCCUGGGCAGGAACAAACCCCACACCCCGUUCAGAGCCAGCAAGCUGACCCAAGUGCUGAGGGACUCCUUCAUAGGGGAGAACUCCAGAACGUGCAUGAUCGCGACCAUCUCCCCUGGGAUGGCGUCCUGUGAAAACACGCUGAAUACUCUGAGAUACGCCAACAGAGUGAAGGAGUUUGGGAUAAGUCCCUCGGAUAUUCCUUUCUCCCAGAGCGGGGGCGGAGGAGGACGCUCCGAGCUCUCCCCGACCUACGAGGUGAAGGCGCUCGCGUUGGACCCAGCAGCGGCCCUUGAUUGUCACCAGGACGGACACAUCACCCAGCUGGAGGUGCUGGAGGCCCAGUGGGGGGUCGGCAGCUCUCCCCAAAGAGACGACCUGAAGCUGCUCUGCGAACAGAACGAGGAGGAAGUUUCCCCGCAGCUCUUCACCUUUCACGAAGCCGUCUCUCAGCUGGUGGAGAUGGAGGAGCAGGUGCUGGAGGACCACCGGGCGGUGUUCCAGGAGUCGAUCCGCUGGCUGGAGGACGAGAAGGUGCUGCUGGAGAUGACGGAGGAGGUGGACUACGAUGUGGAGUCAUACGCCACCCAGCUGGAGCAGAUCCUGGACCAGAAGAUAGACAUUCUGACCGAGCUGAGAGAUAAAGUCAAAUCUUUCCGAUGUACCUUACAAGAAGAGGAACAAGCUAGCCAACAAAUAACCCCCAAGAGGCCUCGAGCACUAUAAGCAUGAGACGUGUGUCCCUGUAAUCCCAACACGGGGAGGACCCGAUUUAAAUCAGCCGAGAAUAUACUGUCCUUCAGUUUCCUGUCAACCUCCCGACAUCCAUCCGUCCGUCUGUAAAACCAAAGAGCUGCGGCUCUGCCAUCUCCCCGUCAAGUGUAUCUAAAGAUGUGUGUGUGUGUGUGUGUGUGUGUGUAUGUCACAAGUGCUUGAUUUAAAAACUAAGUAAGGUAAAUGAUUUGUUUUAAAAGAAUUUUUAUAGGCUAAUUCAUGGCUUAUCUUCACUUUGGCCAAUUUUAUAAUCAGCCGUUUGCCAUUUUGUGCAAUAUUUGGGAGAUUUCCUUCCUGUUCUUCCUGUCGUUCGAGCUCAGGGGCGAACAGGACCCGACCAGACUGCGUGUAAAAUGAGCCACUGUGCGUUUGUGUCAGUGUGUAUAAAAGGUUUGACUGUGAGAAAAAACCCAAAACUAACAUUUCAUGACAUUAACUGAGCUAAAAGGUGCACUAUAAAUCAAAGAUAAGAGUGUUCCAGGCGACAUUUACAAAAGCAGAUUUUUCCAUUUGUCAGAAUAAAAAUGAGAGACUACCUCUGUUUGU